UGCCUCACGAUGGUUUGAUCCACUGCCAGUUCUUUAGCUUGCAAGGUAAUAGAGGGUUCGUAUCUACUGUCCGAAAGGCACUCGAUGUACGUAACUGACGUGAGGCAGAGCAGGCAACAGAUGGCACACAGACAGCUGAGUUGGGGACAGAUAUGCAGGGACAGACUGGCAGAGACAGGGAGUCUCAGGAGUCAGACUGUGAGUCAGUGAGGGUGGUGAAAGGGAAAGAGCCAAGGAGAGAGACUUCAGAGGACAGUGUCACAGCCACGGCAGGACCAGGUGUCACCCUUGUUGCCAGCAGCACCAGUAUAGGGGACAGUGGCACAGCAUCGUCCAGUUACCUCAGUGAUGGCACAAAACCAUAUCAGCCACACCCACAAUUUAUAGAACCGCAAACUCUUGCCAACAGAGUGUUGACGUUUCAAGAGAGAUGGUUUCGCGAUUUCCCCUGGCUACAUUAUAAUCCAUCAAUAAAAGGAGUGUUGUGUUUUCACUGUAGGCAAGGGUUUUCAAGCCAGCCAUCUUUUGGCCAAAGAGCAGAUGCUGCCUUCAUUAGUGCAGGAUUUAGGAACUGGAGAAAAGCCAUUGAAAAAUUCACAGCACAUCAAAACUGCCAAACCCACCGCCACUUUGUAACUGUAACAGCACACCAGCUAAAUCCAAUCAGUGUCCAGUUAUCCAGCGCGUGGGGUAAACAGCAGGAGGACGCAAGGCAUUGCUUGAUGAAAAUUGUUAGUUCGGUGCGACAUGUAGUAAGACAGGGACAAGCCUUUAGAGGCCACACGGAUGACAGUGGGAAUUUAUACCAGUUUUUGAAACUCAGGGCAGAAGAGGAUGAUCCCAUUUUACUGAAGUGGUUAACAGAGCGUACCACAAUGUACACAGGCCCCAAAGCACAGAAUGAAAUUCUGAACAUGGCCAAUACAGUCAUUCGAGGCAUUGCAGCUGAGAUUAGGUCUCUUCCGAUUGUACAAUUUUCAUUAAUUGUUGAUGGUACUCAAGAUGUCUCUGGUGCUGAACAGGAGAGUGUCUGUCUGCGUUAUGUUGACCAUGACCUUGUCCCUCACGAGGACUCGCCUGUUGUCUCCGACACCCUGUCUCUGGUAUGCAGGCUGCAGUCGAGUGUGUGCGGUCAUCUCUUAGGGGCAAGAGAAAUGACGAAAGCUACCUUGCACUGUAUGAGAAAGCAACAACUUUGAUUGACUCUAUUGAAUCCAUUGAAUCCAUUGAGACGCACUCAAGACGAUUUGCUGGCAAAGCAUUGGAUCACUAUAGGGCAGAAUUUUUUUAAGUGUUGGAUGGUGUGGAGGUUCAGUUUGGCGACCGUUUUGACCAGGACAGUCUAAACGUCCUGCAAAAGUUGGAAAGAGCGCUUCUCACGGGCGAGUUGGAUGAGUCUCUAGAUCAGUACCCUGAGCUGAACAUAGAUUCUCUUUCAGUGCAGAUCCCUCACUUUCACAACAAAUACCCCUGUAGCAGCAGUUGAGAGGCAGCAGAGGUCCUCAGGAGGCUUCCAGUGGAGGUGCGGGGGUUGUUUGACCAAGUUGAGGUGCUGAUCAGAAUUUUGUUUGUGGUGCCAGUGUGUUCAUGUGAGGCUGAGAGGAGUUUCAGUGCACUCCGCAGGUUAAAGACUUGGCUACGGGCCAGCAUGGGCCAAGAGAGACUGAACGGCGUAGUUGUCUGUAAUGUACAUAAAGACAGGCUGGACAGUCUCAAGAGGGAAAAUAUCUGCCAGCAAUUUGUUGGAUCCAUUGAAACCCGCAAACAUAUGUUCGGUUCUUUUGUUCAGUAGUGUGUAUAGCAGUGGUUCUCAACCUUUUUUGGGUACUGGAACCCCUGCAUAUUUUGAGGCAAGGCAGGCAAGGUUUUGAGCGGUCCUCAGGGACCUCCACCCCCUCUAUAUUAUAUGUAAACUUACUGGAAACCUUGUGGUACUGAAUACGUUCAUUACACUUUAUUUUAUUUCACGGACACCUUGCAAUUAGUCCAUGGACCCCUGUUUGAGAACCCCUGGUGUAAUUGAUAUUUGUUAUUUUGUUUAGUAGUUUUCAGUUUUUAGUACAUGACAGUACACUUACAAAUUAUUAUUAUUAUUUCAUGUUAUUUUAUUUAAAAUUGCAUACUUUGUGUGACAUACUUGUCCAUAGCUGCUGUUUGAAGAGUUGAGACACUGACUGAAGGAUAUUUUGUUUGAUUUAUUUGGGUUUUUCAUUGAAGUAGUUAUUUUGCUUUUAGAACUGUACUUAUUUUAAGCUUUUUGUUCUUGUAAAGAUAUUGUAGUAGACUCAGGCCAGGUGCACAUAUUUAAUGACUAUAUAAAUGUAUCACAAUGUCAAAUUAAAAGGUAAAUUCAAAACGGAGACCAACUUUGUGAUGGUUCUCAAUGGAGAUUCUUUACGAUGAGAUCACACCAUGUUCAUUGU